GCCUAGAACAACUGCUGACUAAUCGGCGGGCGGCGGCGGAGGAGGAGGGGGUGGCCUGCCGACCGGUCGGCCCGGGUCACGCGCCCGAGGGCGAGCAGAAUGGGCUCGGGGCGCUCGGGUGUCGGCGGGAAGCUAGAAAGGGGAAACUGAGGCCCAAGGACUUGGGGUACUUUUCCUAAAGUCACAAAGCUGAGCCCCACCCACAGCCUGGGACCCCCACCCCCCCACACACUCUCCAUCACCCGGAAAAAUUGUCCCCGUCCUGUCUUCACAUUCUGUCCUCCCGCCUUCCCAGUAAGGUAGGCAGGGCCUGAUGCUGCACAGCCCCGUUUUAUAGAUAAAGAGACUGCGACCUGGGGCGUUCAGAUCCCAGUUCUGCUGGUCCAUGGGCAAGUCUCUCACUCUUGCUAAAGUACACGGGGUGGGGGGGCGGGAUGGUUGUGAAGGUGCAGGAGAAGGCUGGCAGUGGGUGCCUUGGCUACCCGCAAGGCUUGCACCUGCCUGACUUCUUGGACUCAACCCAGUCUCCCUAGGCAGAUGCCCAGGCCCAGCGAAGGGCAGGGCUCACCAAAUCCUUCAGCGGGACCUGGAGCAAAGCUAGUGUCUUUCUUUCAGUGAAGACACAUAAAGCACGAGCUGUGUGCUAGGAGCACCCUGGGGAACUUGACCAUGAGUAGGAGGAGCACCCUUCCUCCCAGAGUUCAGACCACCUGCCUAGAGAAAAACAGGCCAAGCGGUGCUCACUGGAUAGGGUAGGCUCCAAGAUGUGGAGGCACCAGAGGAGGGGAAGGGAACCUUUGAGCUGGGCUUCAGUGGGUGAAUAGGAGUUUGCUGUUAGAGAGAUGAAGGGAAGGACGUCGCAGGCAGAGGAGUUUCCUAUAUUUUUCCUGCAGGAAACUGCCGGGUGGGUUUUGAUGCCAAGGAUGCCCAUGACAAGGGAGCAGAUGAAGCAGCCUUCUUGUCUCUGGGAUUUUGCUUCCUGCCCUAUAAAAUCAGCUCAGUGGGAGUCCUGAGACAGGCUAGGGUACAGGAGUGAGGAGAUUCCAGCAGGGCCUAGAGGACAGGCUGGAUGUGAGGAGGGAGAAUGGGAGAGAAAGCCUUGCCUCAUGGGCAGGAAAUUGGCACAUUUGAGGGCUGGAGCAGCUGCUUCCAUGUUCAGGCUUCCCCUUGUUGGGGACAGCCAGGAUGGCUACAGUUUAUCCAGCAGGAGCUGUGGGACUGCCUGAGUCCAUUCCUUUUUCUCAUUCUAUGAGGAAUGGAUUUUCUUAAUCCCCAAUUUACAGAUGAGGAAGGAGAGGCUCCAGAUUUGCCCAGGGAGAGAUAACAGCAGGAAGAAGUGGAGUGGAUACUGAAACCUUUCUGUGAAAGGGAGGGUAGGGUCAGAGGGGCUGUGGUUGGGGCUUGAGGAAGAGGACGUCUCUGUCCAGUGUCACUGUGUGCACUCAGGGUGUGAGACUCCUGUUGCCUCUCCUCCAACCCUUCUGCUCCACCCCCUCCCUAAUCUGUCUGCCCUUUGGCUGGCCUUACCCCCUCUGUCAAGGGCAGCUCAGGCCACCUGGAGCUCUAAGUCAGUGGAGGGGAGGAGGGAGGGAGGAAGGUAGCUGGUCUGUAGCCUGAGGGAAGAGGGAGGCAGAGGAAAGCUGGAGAUGGCUCUGAAUUUGCCCUGGGGGGCUGCACAAAUCCAAAAAAUUUUGGGAGUCCAGGGCUCCCGUUCAACUUCCCAUUCCCUGUGCUUCCCACUCCAGGCCCCUUUCCAGGGCCCAUCAGGGCUCAGGGACCUUUUGGCCUGGCCUCUUCCCAUCCUCACACAUCAGUGGGAUGGCAAGAUGGCUAAACACAUGGUUAGGCUCUGAGGUCCUCUAUGGCCAAGUUGCUGCACCCGCCUCUCCAGCCUCAGUUUUUAUUUCUGUAAAAUGGUACUGUUGGUAUGGUAGCUGAAAGGAAGUCAGAUAAAAGCUGCAAUAAUAACUUGUUAUUGUUUUUCCUUUACCCCUAGCACACAGCCCCAAGACCACCUUUGAUCACCUUCAGACAAGCUAUGCAUGCCAGAGGUCCCCCUGGCCUACUGACCCCGGCGCUGCCUCUCGCCUCCUCUGUCCUGAUGCUGCUCAUGAGCGGCCUGUGGCUGCUGGGAGCUGGCCCCAGCCUUGUCCUGGCCCCAGAGCUGCUGCUGGACCCUUGGCAGGCGCACCGGCUGCUGACACAUGCCCUGGGCCACAAGGCCCUCCCAGGGCUGCUGCUGAGCCUGCUGCUCCUGCCCACGCUGGGCUGGCGGCAGGAGUGCCACCUGGGCACACUGCGGUUCCUGCAUGCCUCCACCCUCCUUGCCCUGGCCUCCGGGCUGAUGGCUGUGCUGCUGGCAGGCCUCGGGGUGUCCAGUGCAGCCGGGGGCUGUGGAUACAUGCCUGUCCACCUGGCCAUGCUGGCGGGGCAGGGUUACAACCCUAGACGGCCCCGUGGGGCACUGCCACCAUGGCUCCUGCCGUGGCUGCUGCUCGCCCUGACACCACUGCUCAGCUCCGAGCCGCCCUUCCUGCAGCUCUUCUGUGGCCUCCUGGCUGGCCUGGCCUACGCGGCUGGGGCCUUCCGGUGGCUGGAGAUCUCUGAGCAGCGGCUGCAGGCACUGCAGGAGGGUGUCCUGUGCAGGGCCCUGGCGGGGUGCUGGCCGCUCCAGCUCCUUCCCACCCCAGGUGGCCUGGCUGAGCUGCCUGUCACCCAUCCUGCCGGAGUGAGGCCGCCCACCCCUGGACCGCCUUACAUGGCCUCCCCUAGCCUCUGGCCCCUCAGAGAAGGCUCAGCCCCGCUCCCGCCAGGCCUGGGGCCUAUGCAGCCGCUCUGGGAGGGCUCCUCAGAGGUGGGACUGGCCUGGUCUGGGCCCAGCUUCCCCCCAGGGACCCCGCUGUGGGCAGCCCUAGACGAGCAGAUGCUGCAGAAGGGGAUCCAGGCCUCACUCCUUGAGGGGCCAGUCCAGGGUCCCGAAAGCCCACUCCGGCUGUCUAAGUCCUCCGUCUCCUCCCUGCGGCUGCAGCAACUGGAGCGCAUGGGCUUCCCCACGGAGCAGGCGGUGGUGGCCCUGGCAGCCACAAGCCGUGUGGAGGGUGCCGUGUCACUGCUGGUCGGCGGGGAUGUGGGCACCGAGGCGCUGGUGACUCAGGGGAGGGGUGGGCCCACCCACCCUGAGGGUCCUGGGCCCCCCGAGCACAGGCAGGCUCUCAGGUGAGAAGCCUGGCCUGUGGGUGGGAAGUCAGAGCCCAGCCCUGUCUGCUGAGAGUCAGGGUGGGUUCAGAGGAGGCCCCCCAGCAUCCUGCCCUGGUACUGUUUAGAAUAAAAACCAGUUCACUUUUCAA